GUCUGAGAUUGGGAGAGUUUCUCGCAGUACAACACUCCACUCAUUCCGCGCCGCGCACCCCGUUCGGCGUCCUCAGCAACUCCGCAAACGAAGCUACCAAGAGCUUUAUGAUGAACAACGACGGAAAGUUAAACAAUUCCGACCUUUCUCACAAUAUCGCUGGAUAUAAAUAGUAUUUUUGGAAUAGAUCGGGAAUGACGAGAGUGGAAGUAAGAGCGUUGAAACGGCGUGCUCAAAUAGAACCCAACAUGGCGCUGCCUACGACCGAGCUGAAUUAAUUUCUGGAGUCCGCGGACCUCGCCACCUGUAUGCUUGCGCUCUGCUAAACGGUACGUUACCACGCCUCUGGGUCGUUCUGUAAAGAAUGAUUGAAAAUCUUUCUAGGGAUUUGUCACACGAAGUCGAUUUGCCGACAUUUUCUCUCUUUUAAAAAAGUAUUUUGAAAAUAACACAUCGAGUAACAUUUGGUAAAAUUGACUGACAAGGAAAUACACAGUAAGAAACACUUCUGAAUGCUUAUAUCCAACGACUUGAAUAUUCACGGGCCCGGGAAGGGAUGGAUGUCUAUGCUUUUAUAAAGGAAUCCUAACCUGAAUGCACGGAUCUUUGCUCAGAGCCGUGAACAACUUGGGGGGAAAACUGGAAAAAGGCGUCAAGUUGACAGCAGACGAUUGGAAUUAGCGGCUAACUGCCAGGAGAUGACCUGUUAGUGAUGCGGGGACCCAGAGAAAUCUGGAUUUAAGUGAAGGGAACCACAUCACACAAAGCAUGGUGGAUGCCAGGUUAACCCCCCUGGCCGCCAUGGGUCUGGACCGCAAUGCUCUUAUGCGGGAUGGCCUCCGCCUGCACGGCGGCGUGAUCUACCCAGGGAUCCAAGCGCUGUCGGCUGAGAAGCCCCGCGAAGUGACCAAUACCCUCCCCCUGAGCUACGGCCGGGACGGCCUCCCGGACCUCCUCUAUAAGCCUGAUGUCUCCAUGGACAGGAGCAAGCUUAGUAACGGCUACAUGGGCCUGUACAAGAGCCCUCCACCAGGCCUCCAGAGGGGGCCAGAGGGCCUAGACAGGAUAGGCGUGGGGCCUGGGGGGCAGAAGCCCUCAGAGCUGGGCCUGGGGGGUGCUGGUGCAGGAGCAGGCGGGUACCUACGUCUGCCCUGGGGGCUGAGCCCGGGGCUGUACCCUGAAGCGGGCCUCUACCCCUUCAUGGACACGUCCAAGUACGCCGCCCUCAGCAUGUACAAGGCUCAGUUCCUCAGUCAGCCCAGCCCCUACCUGCCCCAGCACCUGGCCUACCAGUCCCUCUGUGCCUCCCAGGGGGGGAACAUGAACCCUGCUGCUGCCUCGGCCACCGAGAGGCUCUACUUCAUGCCCCCCUACCCCCCGUCCCCCAUCUCCUCCCCCCUGGUGGGGUCUCCCAUGAGGAUCCCAGCGGUGUCGGUGGCCCCCACCUCCAUGGUGCACUGCCAGGAGAAGGGAUUGAGUGUCGGGUCUCGUGUCCACCACGAGGGGUCUCCGUUUGGGCAGCAGCUUCACCAGCCUCCCCCUCCACCCCAGCACCUUCAGCCCCCCCACACAGACCGAGACAGACCCCCCAGCAGGAGCAGUAAGCCCACUAGACCCACCUCAAACAAAGGAGCCAGCAACAGCAGUGGUAGUAUUAGUGGUGGUGGUGUUAGUAAUAGCCUUCCCAUUGAUUCCUCCCCUCGUGCCUCUACUCGCCUCCCCCAGCCUGCUCCUCCCCUGCCUCCCACUCUCAGCGACAGCACCUUAGACCUACAGAGGCCAGUCCCUCGAAUAGGGCCACCAUCUUCCUCCUCUUCCCAGUCGAUGCCUCACCCAUUCUAUGUGAGCAGCAUUGCUCAAGAGCACCCCUCCCCCGCCCGGCCCAGCCCCCACAAACACAGACCCAGGGAUGGGGCGUCAGAGCACAGGGCUGGGGGGUGUGAAAGGAAACCCAAUCAGUCCCCUUCUAAACCGUCCUCUGAGCGGAAAACCCCACCAAACAAGACUACCAAAGACCCAGCAGACCCAAAGCCUCUGGAUCUCUCUGGAAGGCUGCUGGAGUUUGACCUGCCUCCCAACAGCUUCCCCAUCAAGAUGGAAGCUCUGGGGUCUCUGGGGCCUCGGUACGGACAUCCCCCCAGCCGGGAGCUCCUGAAGGAGACCCUCUCACCCUCCUCCCACCCCUCCCACUCAGUGGUCAGCAGCACUUUCUCCAAGGCCCCAGACAGGCCAGAGAUGAUCAGCACUUUGCACUCCUCCUGGGUGGUGCCCACCUCUACACCCAUCUCCACCAUUGGGUCCACCCAAACACACCCCCACCCCCCAGCCCUAUCCCCCAGGCCCAGCCCAGACCCCCUAGGGAAACGCUCCUCUCCUUCAGUCAUCAAACACAAGGUUAUAGAGAGAGUCCUGCCCCAGUCCCAGCAAAACAGCCCAUCCUGCCUCAGGGUUGGAGAGCCACAUACUACCCCAAUACCUUCCAAUCACAAGCCUGCCUCCACGAUGCCCCCGUCCCCCAAACCCAAUGGUGAUUGGCCCAAUCACAGCCCCAGCCAAUCAGAAGGUUCCCCCAUGGCCGGCCAUCAUAGGAGCUCCACAGAGAAGCCUCUUAAAGCCCCCAAGAGGGCUGAGACGUCCCAGGAGGUGUCUCCCUAUACUAAACGUCCCUGUCUGGAGAAUACCAACGGGCACCCGCCCAGCCACCUUUACCUAGCUCACAGCAUGGCCUACGCCAACCGAUACCUGCACUACUCUGUACCCGACAGCAUGGCCCUCCAUUCUCUCCCUCUGCCAGGGAAGGGCCCAGCCUACCCUCACCCCGUCCUGCUGGGCAGUAGCAGCCUGUAUCCCUCCCACCUGGCAGCCAAACAGCCCUUACCCUAUCACAGCCAUGCUGGGGAGUACCUCACCUUCAACUCCCAGGAGAUGACCCACCCUCUGAUGCACGCACAUCCAGACUCCAAAGCCCUGGAGCAGGCAGAUCAGGGGCCCAAGUGCCGGGGCCAUGGUCAGGACAAACCUAGGGGUCUCACAGACGAUUGUGGUGGGUCCCGCAGGGGCCGAAGUGGUGUGGAAACAGGAGAGGGGUUCCACGUGAAGCCCAAAAGAGAGGACGGGGAGCAGGGAGGGAGCCAGCCCAGACCCACUUCCUCCUCCAGCCUCAGUACCCCCUCCAAAGACCGUAUCAUCUGCAUUGACCUCGUCCACUCCGACACAGAUGGAGAAUCCACUCCGACCACCAACCAAGUCUCUGGCAACCAACACAAGUGUUGCCAUGGCAACAUUAGGGAAGUGGAACGGGAGCCAAAACACCAACUGCAUUACCACCACCCCCACCAUAUUCAUCACCACCCCAGCCCAAGCUCCACCAUGACAACUAUCCACACAGACAGACAACCAGAGACCCUCUGUGUGAGACCCAAGCCCCUCCAGGAGACGUGCUGUCCAGGUGUGGCCUCUAGCCCACCUCAGGGCUCCCCAAAGCUGGUUAAUUGGGCAGAGGAGAGUCCCGUGGACCAGAGCCCUUCCUCAGACCCAGGGGAACAGGACCAGAGCACCCUGCGCUGUGCCCGAACGUCUGGUGACCGCAAGUCUGUCGACCACAUCUCUGGCAACCGCACGCCUGGUGAACGCACGUCUGGAGUCCGCACAACUGGGGAUUGUGACCACAAGUCUGGCGACCACUUGUCUAGAGAUGGCACGUUUUCUUGCGACUUCACGUCUGGAGAGGAGAGAGAAGAGAUGGACAGACAAACCUCCUCCCACCCCAUCCAUCGCUACAUGGACCUGGGGAAGGAGAGGGACAGUGAAAGAGAGAGCGUUGGAGACACAGAGGAGUCACAUGGAGAAGGGGAUGAGGACGAAGAGGGUGGGCGAAGAGGCUCACGGAGGACCAGCCUGACCAAGAGGAUCGCUAGCUCCUCGGGCUAUGUGGGUGACCGCAUCAAAUGUGUCACGACCGAGCUGUAUGCAGACUCUAGCAAGCUGAGCCGGGAACAGCGCGCCCUGCAGCGGGCGAUGAUGCGGUUCUCGGAGCUGGAGCUGAAAGAGAAGGAGUGCGGGGGUGUGUGUGUGUCUGUGUCGGCAGCGGUAGAAGAACGGGAGUUGGCAGACGGCCAGCGGAGAGAGAGAGAGUGGGAACACUGCCAACACACCGCCAGGCAGGGAGAGAGGGAGGGUGGAAGAAAAGUCUAUGGGAACAACAGAGUCCCAGUCCUCCAGAGGUGUGGUGGCCAAAGGGAGAGCCUGUCCCCAGGGCAGGAAGCCUGGGAGGGGGCUAGAGAUGGUGACAGAGUGGGAGAGGGUGGGCGACGUUCUCCUCCCAUCCUGGCACUGGCAGACGGGCAUCCCAAGGAGAAGGGAGGGCAGAAUACGGUACCCACUAGCAAAUGCACACACAGCCUACAGGAGAAAGAUGAGGAGGAGGCAGGAGAGAAGAGGGUAGAGAAGAAGGCAAGGAUUACUUCAGAUGUCUGUGUGCUGCCUACGGCUCCUCCUAGUAAUGAUGAUGAUGAUGAAGAGGUCAGGAAGCUUAAGGUGUGUAUUGAGCUGAAGGGGCUCUGCCUCCGCAAGCCCACCGCCUCCCCCGAGAGACUAGAGGUCAAAGAGGAGAGGGCAUGGUCAUCACAUCACAGCCCUUCCUCCCUGCCCCGGACACUCCCCCUAACCCGUACCCCAGCCCAAGCCCCGCCCCCGCGGGACAGGAAGUUCAAGGUUGACCCGGAAGUGAAACCUCUGCCACAGAAACCAGAGAUCACGAAGAGCUGGGCCAGAGAGAUGCUGGCUAACGGAGACGCUAAACGCGUUGGAUUACUCCCUUUGACCCAGCAGAGGGACAGAUCAGCCCCCCAGGGGCCCUUGAUGGGACCAGGCUGUGACCGGGGAUCCAAGGAGCCCAGGAGAGGGGUGGGGGUGAAGACUGUGGGUCAGUUCCCCCUCCCCGAGCCCCCCCCCGGAGACACCACCUCGCUCAAGCCACGUCGUCAUGGUGACAUGGACAAACCCAAAGGCAAGCGGCCGUGCAAGACCAAACACACCAGCCAGAGGGAGAGAGAGAGGGAGCUGCUGAAUGGAAAUAGCAACCAGCACGGCAGCACUGAUCUGGGAGCAGCUCUGGUGGACAAGGUCAGUGAGCAGUGUGCUCGGAGGAAAAGACCCUCUUCUCCCCUCCAUUACCUCGGCUCUCCGGUCAAGCCCUGUUCCCCCGCAACGCGGCCCCUCCCCCUCCCCCCCCAGGUGAAUGGCAGUGGGACUGUCCCACCGGAGAAAGCAGGGGUAAGGAGGGCACCCCCUGCUGAGCUUCCUGUGGUGCGGCCCAUCCCCCCUGAGGCACGGAGACUAAUCGUCAACAAGAAUGCUGGAGAGACGUUGUUACAGAGAGCGGCACGGCUCGGAUACGAGGAGGUGGUUCUGUACUGUCUGGAGAACUGUGUGUGUGAGGUGAACCACAGGGACUAUGCAGGCUACUGCCUCCACGAGGCCUGCGCGGGCUGGCUUUCUAUAGUCAUACACCUGCUGGAGCACGGGGCCGACAUCAACUGCAGCGCACAGGACGGCACUAGGCCUCUGCAUGACGCGGUGGAAAAUGACCAUCUGGACGUAGUGCGGGUGUUGCUGUCCUACGGGGCUGACCCUACCCUGGCCACCUACUCCGGCGCGCGUCUGCUCAAGAUGACCCACAGCAACAGCAUGGAGCGAUUCUUCACUGAUUAUUUUGCUGACCUGCAGGGCCACUCUGAUGACGACCCAGAGAUCCACUGGGAAUUCUAUGGCAGUGCUGUUUGUGAGUCCUUAGAGGAGGGCAGUGUGUGUAACAUGCUGGCGGAUCCCCCAGGGCCAGAGGAAGAUGACGAGGACAGGAGGGAGCUCUUUGAGUUUGAGUUCUCCAACCAACCCCUCCUCCCCUGCUACAACAUCCAGGUGUCCUUGUCGCAGGGGUCCAGGAACUGGCUUCUCCUCUCAGAUGUUCUCCGGAAGCUGCGGAUGUCGGCCCGUUCCUUCCGCUCCUCCUUCCCCCACAUGAAGGUGGUGACGAUGGCCGAGGCAGAGUUUUACCGCCAGGCCUCCCUCUCCCAGCUCUUCUCCUGCCCAGACGAGCUGGAGGGCUUCCAGCCAGACAGCAAGGAGCUGCUGGACCUGGUGGAGGGGAGUGCUGAGCUGGCCGCUCUGCUGGGAUCCACCCUGGAGUGCCUGGAUGACCGCUGGGACGAACCCCUGGAGGCUAACGUUAAUGCUAAGGCUAAUGUCAAUGGGAACAUUAGGGCUAAUGCUAACGCUAAGACUAACGCUAAGACUAAAGUUAACGCUAAUUUUAAAGCUAACGCUAACAGGAGGUUGUUAUCCCUGACCCUGAACUUUGACUCUGAUUUCUGAAUCCCUACUCUACAGUGGGGGUCUACGAUAGGUGAAUGAAUGAGUAAGACCCCUGCCCUGAGAUCUGAGAUUAACUCCUGCGCUGGACCGGUGGACUGUAUGGACGAACGGACAGACAGAGCAGCAGAGACCUGAAUGUGUCUGUACAUCAAGCGAAGAUGAAGAGGUGACUGUAAAUUAACAAUUGUCUUAUUUUUUAUAAAUGUAUUAAUAUAAGUAUAAAUAUAUAAAUCUGGAAAUGUUAUCUUGAUUUCUCUCCUGCAAUUGUGUGAGCGAGAGUGUGGUUGUGUUAUCAUGAUUGGAAGGUUGUGUGUGUGUGUUAAACAGUAUAAUAUAUGUGUGUGUGUGUCAGUUUAUAUGCCAUAGUGUGUGUCUGAGCACUGAGGCAGCGCUUUGAAUGUCAAAUUUUUUGUUCAUAGGAAGCACAUGAUGAGGAUCAGUUGUAUAGUUUUUUGUUCUCCUCAGACAGAGGUAGCACUCAUCACCCUCAGGGGCUGUUUUGUACCUGUGUUCAAUCUGCUUCUCAUUUAGUCUCUAAUUUCACUUGCAAAACUGAAGAGAUGUGUUUUUGUAUACUAUUAAAGGUUUAAAGAUGAGAAGAUAUUCGCCCUUCGGUACAGAACUUGUAAAUAACAGGGUGGCUAUUGCAGUACAGUAACAGUUAUACUAUUUGUGUUUUUUUUGUAAUUAAAAUAUCUCAUUUGUAUUUAUAUUUUGCCAGCAAAAUUAUCAAAAUAAAUCUUAACAUUUGCAAGAAAGUUUA